AUGGACUAUGUUAUUCAGACCCUCCACAUCGCGUGCGCACUGUCUCAGAGCGCUAAUAUUCCGGGGCUUGAUGCCGUCGUAAAGGCUGGCUUGAAGCUGGCUGAGAUGGUACAGGAAACUCGAGAAGUCCAGGAUCAGUGCAGCUUGUUGGCUGAGCGUGCAGCUAAAUAUUCGGCGGCCGUGUACUGUCAACUGACUAGCGGCACGUUUACGCUGGAUGGAGUGACGGCGACCAGGUAUAUCGACGAUCUGAUUCAUACCCUUAGUGCCAUUGAGGCUUUGAUGAUACGACGAAAGAACGCGGGGUUCGUUCGUGCGUUCUGGUAUCGCAUGAAGGCUGCGAAAGAAGUGAAGACACUGAAUGGACAGUUGGAUGAUGCCUUCCGUGUCUUCGAUAUUCAAUCCUCAAUCCAUGCAAAUCAGCAGAUCUUGACGCUGCUACAGUGCACGGAACAUCUUCUCCAGCACGCCGAGAACGCCGAACACACUCAAGCCGCUCUGUUGUAUGGCAAUCGACGGAUACAUGCAGGCGUGAAAGAGAUUUUGCAACGUGUCAGGGUGGACGCCACCCACGAUGGUACACUACGACUCUAUGGCAGGGAAGAUUUAGAGUUGGUAGAAGAACUAGAGACCGAGAAUACAGGAGUGAUGCCUGGCGAGCAGCCUAUUACACGGUUCCGUGCACGUAUCUGCGAGACCGGGAGAGAGGUGACUGUAAGGCGGUUCCCGCGGCCUGGUCGGAAGUUCCGGGACGCGAUUGACACAGUGAAGAAGAUUUGGCAUCCGAACGUGGUGCAUGCAAUCGGGUAUUCGAGGGAGGAUCCAGAGAUCGCGUUCAUCGUAAAUAGCGGUGUUUAUACACACACGUUCAACGAAUUGGGCAAGACAUUUCACGGUAUUGACAAGUUGCUAUGGACAGUGAAUUCGACGAAGCAGAUACUUGCCGGACUAAUGUAUCUGAAAAGUGUUUACGAAGAACUUGAAUGGCCUCCAGACGAGGAUACCCAAUUCAUCCAAGCAGAGAAGCAAGUCGUAGUCGGCGCCGAUGGGAGGGUCUUGCUCGACGUAUCGUGCUACGAUUUAAAGCAGCUUCCAAAUACUGUCUCGCACGAUGAAGGGAGCUUCACAAAGCUCGAGAAGUUGUCAAAGGUGCACAACUCCCUCUCUGUGAUCGAUCAUCCUAUGUAUAACGUCUACAGGAUUCUCUAA